AUGGCAUCUACUUCAAAGGAAUCGUACGGAAUAGCGUCUUAUGUAAUCAGCAGACACAGAAAAAACAAAGUUUUUAUAUGGCAAAGCAGAAAGGAACGUGGUCGAGUUUACGAGUUUUUGGUUUCGUCGCGAUUCAAGGUUCCAGGAUUAGUAUCAUGGAAAUGCAUGCAUUGUAUGCAAUUACGUGCAAAAUUAAAAAGAGAGAGGCAGCCCGUCAAGGAUCUAAAAAUACCACUAGUUUUGAUCGAUAAUGAUGUGAUUAGAGAGGAUCCUGACGAACCACUUAAUGCGCGACAUUUUUGCAAGGGUAAAGACGUAGUUGAUGCUGUUUUGAAGAGGACUAAGCUUCAAUUCUAUGAAAGUUGUUCUUCAAGCGACGAUCCGCCUGAGAUCACAGUGGAUCGAUUUUCGGAUGCAUUGCUUGAAGCAGUUCCCCUUGAUCUCGACGCUUAUCAGAAACGUCAAAUGAAACAAUCCCUUGACGACAAAUGUGAGAGAGUGAUGAAGAAAGUCAUACAAAAGAGGAAACGAAAGUCGCCAACCAAACCCAAUGCUGGUUUGCUCAAAAGGGAGCGUGAAGUUAAGAUAACGAUGGAUAACGGUUUUCAUAUAGAAGAUGUUACUGGAAGGCCAGAUGUUGCUGAUUCUUCUCUUUCGGGCAUCGACGAAAAUGAUUACAUUGAUGUCGUUGGAGAGUCGUCACAUAUGUUGUAA